AUGAUUUUUACUUCUAGAUAUGAGAUUCCCAUUCCUGAGGUCGACCUCCUCACUUACAUAUUCGAGGAGUCGCAAUCAACGUCGACAGAUAAGCCUGUAUAUGUUGAGGCCCAUGACCCGACCCAACAACUCAAUAAAGUACAACUAGAGCAUACGUUAAAAUCCGUAGCUGCUGGAUUGCGGCAUGUGUUUAAGAUACGAGACGGCGAUGUUGUCUUGGGCUUUUGUGAGAAUUCUAUCCUAUACCCAGCGGUGAUUUUUGGAUCAAUUGCCGCCGGGGGAAUAUUUACUGGAGCCAAUCCGUCAUACACAUACUCUGAACUGGUCAACCAGCUCACCGUCUCGGGUGCCAAAUGUAUCGUUACCGACAGCCCUCGACUUGAAAUGGCGAAGAAAGCUGCAGAGGCUGCAGGCUUACCACCCAAUUCCUUGGUCCUCAUCGACUCGAAGGACAGUAGCGCGGUCGGUGGUGUUUCAUCUUUUCAAAGCUUGUUAGGAUACGGAACGUACUCUUGGGAGAUGAUAUCAGACCCCAAAAUUCUAGCUGAUAAGUAUGUUGCCAAUGUGGCUUCUUCACACUCCACCAAACCUGACAUAUCUCUUAGACCAGCAGUCCUCAAUUUCAGCAGUGGCACAACCGGUCUCCCUAAGGCUUGUGAGAUUACCCAUCGCAACUUGGUCGCCAACGCCGAACAAAAUCUGCACCUUGACCGUGUGGCAAGGAAGCGGAAAAAUGACCCUACCUUUGCAGCCAACGAUGUCCAUUGUGCUUUUCUUCCAUUCUACCAUGCUAUGGGCCUUAUCACUUUCUGCAUCUUGAACGUGAAACGAGGCUGCACCACCGUCGUCAUGCCAAAGUUUGACUUGAAGUCGUUUCUCAGCACGAUCCAAGACUUCAAAGUAACAUACCUAAUCCUCGCGCCCCCAGUGGUAUCAAUGCUGGUCAAGAGUCCCCUUAUUUGUCAGUACGACCUUUCAAGUGUGAAGUUUCUCGUGUGCGGAGCAGCACCACUCCAGGCCGAUGUGGAAAAGCGACUCGAGGCACUCUUCAGCAAGACAGGCGCUCGCAGCCGACAAGGAUGGGGUAUGAGCGAGGCUACCAUGUCCAUUUCGAUUUUUGGACCUGAUGAGUUUGAUCCCUCUCACGGGAGCGUUGGAUACCUGGUGGCCAAUAUGCAGCUCCAGAUUAUUGAUGAGAAUGGCAAAGCUCUUGGUUAUGACGAGGAAGGGGAGGCUAUACUUCGCGGGCCGAAUAUGUUCAAGGGUUACUAUAAGAACCCUGCUGCUACCAAAGAGGCUUUCACUGAUGAUGGCUGGGUCAAGACUGGGGACAUUGUCAAGAUUGAUAGGACUGGGCUGGUCACCAUCGUUGACCGCAAAAAGGAACUCAUCAAGGUCAAGGGAUUCCAGGUCGCACCAUCAGAACUGGAAGGCCAUCUUUUGGAGCACGAAGGUGUUUUAGACUGCGCAGUCAUUCGGGUUCUACGUGAUGGACAAGAACAUCCGCAAGCACACGUCGUGCGAAAGAAGCCGGAUGCGACAGCUGAGUCCAUCCUGUCAUUCAUGGACAAGCGCUUGUCUCCGGUCAAGCGAAUCACAGGCGGUAUCGUAUUCACCGAUGCCAUUCCAAAGUCCAGGUCUGGCAAGAUUCUGCGACGAUUGAUCAAGGAUGGCUUUGCUAGCAAGGACCCCAGUCCCCGUCUAUGA